AUGAUAAUAGGAGCAGCGCUUCUAAAUAUCAUCAUAACUAUUAACACAAUAAAUGCGGCGCAACCACCUCAACCGCAACCUCAAGAUGGGAAUUUCUUUUAUAAUAAGAUGAGAAGUGACAUGACAUCGGUUUUAAGUAAUGAUAAAAUAUUUUUUUUCGGUGGUGAAACAUUCGACAAGUCCGAUUCAAGCCCAACGACAUCGAAUAAAUUGUUCACAUUGAACGUCUCGUCCUUGGAUCUUAACAAUAACAAUACUUUUAAUGCAGAAUCAAUAAAGGAUAAAUGGGAAUUGCUUGAUUCGAUGAAAGUAGGAUUAAGGUAUAACGUGAUGGCUUUGUCAGCUCGGAAUGAUCGUUCCACAAUAAUAUUUUAUGGAGGAGAGACUUUUGACCCAAAUACCGAUGAAAAAAUCGACGUUAACUCACAGAUUUAUGAGUAUGAUAUCAAUGCGAACAAAUGGACCAUGAAUCCAAAAUAUCAAGGGAAACCACCACCAAAACGGUUAUCAUUUGCAAGUUAUGUUCAAAACUUGGAGGAUGGGAGGGUUUAUUUAUUUGGUGGUAUAUCAGAUUACAAUCCAAAGGGUGGAGGAAAGAUCAAUAAUAAAUUAUAUUCCAUUGACACAAAUAAUAAAAGGUGGAAUGAAGAAACUACGGAUGAUACGCCUCCCGGAUUAUUUGGAUCAACUUGUACCAUGUUGAAAGAUGGUAAAAUCAUAUUCAUUGGUGGAGCAGAUUUCGGUGAUUCAAAUGAGUUGAUAUUAUCACAAAUGAGCAAUCUAAAUAUUUACGAUACAGUAAAUGGUAAAUGGAGCGUUCGAUCAACUUCCGAUAAGGAUUUACCUGAAGGUAGAUUCGGUCACACCGCAACACUCCACGAUAAUAAAAUCAUUAUAAUCGGUGGAAAAAACGUGAAUAAUGAGAAAGCAAGCGUUCCGUAUUUUAUUUAUUUGGAUCUAGACGAAUGGGAUUGGAAAAAUUUAGCGGCUGACCAAGCAAACUAUAAUGGAUUUGCUAGAUUUGGACAUAACGUCAUUUUGCAUGAUGACUAUUUAUUUGUUACUUUUGGUCAAAGUACUAAUAAAAAUGAUGACAUCAAUCCUAUCGAAGUGAUUAACGCUGAUAAUCUUGAAAUAAUUAUUCAACCACUAAAGAAUUCUAAUAACGCUGCUACGUUCAACACUGCUAAAAAAAUUCCCGACACUUCAUCGACUCCAGGUGAAAAUAAUGAUAAUAAUCCCACAUCCAACAUCAACCCCACAUCCAACUCCGAAUCCGACCCCGCAUCCAAUCCCGCUCCUAACCUCGCUCCUAACCCCACAUUCAAUCCCGAUUAUCCUGAAAUAGACAUGAAUGAUGAUGAUACUACACCCAAUCCCGAUUCAUCAACGAAUAACAAUGAUAAAAUCGAGAAAAAAAAUAAUUCAAUUGUUAUUACAUUUAUUGUUGUUGGAGGGAUAUUUUUAAUACUUAUUAUUUUGGCUUCGUUAUUGAUUAUUUAUAUAAAGAGGAGAAAACUCAAGCUUAAAAUUAAUAAUGAUAACAAAAGUCCUGUCCUCCCUGUUACUACUCGAAACAUUCCAAAUACUCGAAGAAAUGUACCAACUAUGUUUAGAGAUUCUACAAGCACUCAUAAUACCACUUAUACCGAUAUAGUAAAUAGAUCUGACGGUAUGGUUUCGAUUGGUGAGAUACAAAAUGCCAAUAAUGUUAAAACUACGACUGUCAAGCCAAAAACUCCAACGGUAAUUUAUGCUUCAGGUGUUUCUUCCAUUUUUGCCGAUUUGGCUUUUGCUGGUUCAAUUGAGUGUACAAAUGAUACAAAUGAUGGUGGCGAGCAUUUUUCAUCCACUUCUGGAGGAAAUAGACCAUUAUCCGAUCUUGAUACGGUGGAAGAGGUACCCACAUCCUAA